GGUGCCGGCGGCCACAGCGGCCCGGGAGCGAUGAGGAGGCGGCGGCGGGAGCCGAGAGCGGGGCCCGGAGCGGGGCCGGCGCUGCCGCCGCCGCCGCCGCUGCUGCUGCUGCUGCUGCUGCUGCUGUUCCUGCCGGCGGGCGGUCACUGGGGGGUGGCAGCAGAGGAUGACACAGUGCCGUGCGGGACCCCCGUGCACCGGCGCGUGGUGGGCGGCUCGGGGGCUCAGGAGGGCCAGUGGCCCUGGACCGUCAGCGUGGCCUUCCGGGGCCGCCACGUCUGCGGGGGGGCGCUGAUCGCCCCGGCCUGGGUGCUGACAGCGGCGCACUGCUUCCCGCCGGAGAACGCCCUCUCCGAGUACCGCGUGACGCUGGGCGUGCUGCAGCUCCUGUCCCCGCCCCCCGAGGCCCAGGUGAGGGGCGUGGCCUCCGUCGCGCGCCACCCGGCCUAUCGCGACUAUCGCGACAGCGACAGCGAGCGGCGGGGCGAGGCCGCGGGGGGGGACCUGGCGCUGGCCCGGCUGGACCCCCCCGCCAGCCCCUCGCGCUUGGUACGGCCCGUGUGCGUCCCCGCGGCCGGCGUCACCUUCGGGCCUGGCACCAACUGCACCGUGACCGGCUGGGGACACGUGAGGACAGCAGUGCCGCUGCCACCCCCCAAGACGCUGCAGCAGCUGGAGGUGCCGCUGCUGAGCCAGCGCCACUGCCGCUGCCUCUACGCGCUGGGGACAGCGGCAGGGCACGGGCUGGGGACACCCGCGGGGGACACCAUCUGCGCUGGCCUCCCGCAGGGACAGCGCGACGCCUGCCAGGGUGACUCCGGCGGUCCCCUCGCCUGCCGCCUCGGUGGCACCUGGCACCUGGCGGGCGUGGUGAGUUGGGGCGACGCCUGCGGGGUCCCCGGGCGCCCGGGGGUCUACACGGGGGUGUCCCCUCACCUGGCCUGGAUCCUGUCCCUCGUCCCCGAGCUGGCCCCGCGCCACCCCCCCCCCGGCGUCCCCGAUGUCCCCGGUGUCACCCCCGAGCCCCCCGGGGACCCCUGCCAGCUCGGGGAGCCCCCCCCGGGGUGGCCGCGGCCGCUGGCCCCCGGCCCGGGGGGGGACACGGGGGGGGACACGGGGGUGACAGCGGGGGUGGCACCGGGGGUGGCACCGGGGGUGGCACCGGGGCUGCUGCUGGGGGCGCUGGGGGGGGCCCUGCUGCUCGUUUUGGGGUGAAAACGCCAAAAUUUGGGGUCCCGGGCCCGACUUUGGGGUGAAAACACCAAAAUUUGGGGUCCCGGGCCCAAUUUCAGGGUGAAAACACCAAAAUUUGGGUUCCUGGGCCCAAUUUCAGGGUGAAAACGCCAAAAUUUGGGGUCCCGGGCCCAAUUUCAGGGUGAAAACACCAAAAUUUGGGUUCCUGGGCCCAAUUUCAGGGUGAAAAUGCCAAAAUUUGGAGUCCCGGGCCUGACUUUGGGGUGAAAACACCAAAAUUUGGGGUCCUGCUGCGGGUUUUGGGGUGAAAAUGCCAAAAUUUGGAGUCCCAGGUCCGACUUUGGGGUGAAAACGUCAGAAUUUGGGGUCCCAGGCCUGACUUUGGGGUGAAAACACCAAAAUUUGGGGUCCUGGGCCUGACUUUGGGGUGAAAAUGUCAGAAUUUGGGGUCCUGGGCCUGACUUUGUGGUGAAAACGCCAGAAUUUGGGGGGUUUGGUUUGGGUUUUGGGGUUAAAACCCGGAUUUGGGGGGUUCUGGUUCAGGUUUUGGGGUGAAAAGCCCAGAUUUGGGGUGUCCAAAAUGGGGGUGACCCCAAAAAAUGGGGUGUGGGAACCCCUGAAAGGAUUGUGGGACCCCAAAAACAGGAGGAGCACCCCAACUUUCGGAGCUGGGGCCCCAAAAAUGGGGGUGGGACCCCAAAAAUGGGGGUGGGACCCCAAAUUUAAACCCUGGGACCCCAAAAAUGGAAGCGGGACCCCCAAAAAAUUGGGAUGGGACCCCAAAAUUGAGUCCUGGGAGCCAAAAAUGGGAGAUGGGACCCCAAAAAUGGGGGUGGGACCCCAAAAACGGGGGUGGGACCCCAAAAUUGAGCCCUGGGAGCCCCAAAAUUCCCCAAAAUUCCCCAAAUUCCCCGAAAUAAAAUCUCGGAGACGC